AUGGCAGACGAGGCGGUUCAACCCAACAUCAUCAUUUACAGCUCAUUGAUCGGUUGCCUCGGGGCUUCGCAGUGGGCGACGGCGGUGGCCGUGCUUGCUGGUAUCGUCGCUCAGGGCUUUCAGCUGGAUGUCGUGGCCUUUGGCGCUUGCAUCAGCGUUUGCGAGAAGGCCAGCCAGUGGCAGCCAGCCGUACAGCUGCUGCAAUACAUGGACGACUGUGGCAUGACGCCAAGCAAUGCGGCCAUUGCUGCAUGCUUUGACCAAUGGCCCGUUGCGUUGUCGCUUCUGCAAAGGGCAGCCUUGACGGAUGCUGGGUCUUUUGCCGCCGUCAUAACGUCGCUGGGUCGUGGCACACAGUGGGCGCAGGCACUGUCGCUCCUGGACGAGAUGGAGGAGCGAGACCUCCAACCCGACAUCCUCGCCUUGUCCUCGGGCAUCAGCGCCUGCGAGAAGGGCGCACAAUGGGAAACGGCUUUGGCACUGUUGGGAUCUAUGGCGCACAAGAAGGUGCCUCCUAAUGUGUUCUCCUACGCCUCGGCGGUGAGUGCCUGCGAGAAGUGCCAGAAGUGGCUGGAAGCGCUGUUUGGCUACAUCACGGAUGUUUUGAAGUUUCCAUUAGAAGGCUGGGAUGAGCAGAUGUUCGCGGAGAGUGUACAGCCAAACGACGUGACGCUAAGCGCCGUGAUGGUGGCCGUCAGUGAGCAAGGCCUUUGGGAGUACUGCCUCGGCAUCCUGCAAUCCCACAGGUCAUCCGUACAAUGCCCCAACACGGCAGCCUUCAACGCAGCCAUCUCGGCAUGCGAGAAGGGCAAGCAGUGGCAGACGGCAUUGGCCCUGAUCUUCGACACCCAGCCGAUGUCGUAG